UGCUGCUUGUCUUCUGCUGAGCUGCCUGUUUGGACACUUGCUGCAGGAGCAGAGGGACGAUCAGCUACAGGGACGCACAUGGCUCGAUGACAUGAUGUUCCUACCCUUUUCCCUUCCCCCCUCCACCUCUCUCAUUCCUGUUUUCCUCCUCCACCUCCUCCUUCUCCCCCCAUCGCUCAUCUCCUCCUCAUUCUCCCACCCCCCUCUGAGUUGGACUUCACCCCAUGAACCCUGCUACCACCCAGAUGGCCGUCCUCGACAUUGCCUGUCGGAGUUCAUCAACGCCGCCUACGGAGUCCCGGUCAAUGCCAGCCACUCGCUGCACUCGCCCAGUUCUGAAGGCAACAUCACCACCUUGACGGACCUGAAUAACCCUCACAACCUSACCUGCUGGAGGGCUCAUGCUGGCGCUGAUAAGGGGGACUGGGUCCUCACCUUACCGCUGGGCCGUCGCUUUGAGAUCACCUACAUAAGCUUGCAGUUCUGCAGCCAAGGAGAACCAACGGAUCCCAUCUCCAUCUCUAUUCUCAAGUCGAUGGAUUACGGGCGAACGUGGAGGCCGCUGCAGCACUACUCUAGCGACUGCCUUGGGAACUUUGGACUGUCCGCUCGGACCGUUGCCCAAACGAGACACCAGGAGACUGAGCCCCUCUGCUCAGAUCCUAGACCACUGCAGAGGCAACGAGGCGGCACGGUGCUYGCCUUCUCUGCUCUGGAUGGACGGCCAUCUUCUCCUGACUUUGAUUACAGCCCGACCCUCCAGGACUGGGUGACGGCCACGGACAUCCGAGUGGUCUUCCAUCACGUAUCCAAUGACGUGGGAAGCUUUGAUAAAAUGAAGGACACUCAUUGGUUUGAUGGUCCCCACGAUGCCGGAGGAAACGGGUUCCUGAAGUGGAGAUCGGAGAUAAAAGGCCACGCUGGAGAUCGAGCGGACAAAUUAAACAGAGAUAACACUUUGGCAUUUUUUGACAGGGAGACAAAGGUGGACCGGAUGGACAAGCAGAGUCGAAAAAACCACCGUAAAGGGUCCAGUCAAGACGAAGAUGGACACAAUGUGACAAGCAWGGAAGAGGAGGGUGGCUUCGGCAUGGACUUGGUUCCCUUGUCAAAAAAAGGAGUAAAAAGUAGAGGGCGCGGUCGCGGUAAGGAAAACAAUUAUUGGACCCCUUGCCCAAAYGGAGACUGUAACUGGACAGUUGAAGGGCGGAGCAGGAGCAACAAAGGGCGGGAACUGAGGAAGAGGAGGAACAAUAACGUCAAUGUGCGUCAGAAUGUUGGGAAUCUGCAGGCGGCGCCGGCUGCUUUUGUUUUUCCAGUCCGCGCUCCCGUGGCUGUCUCYGACCUGCAAGUGGGAGGCAGGUGUAAAUGUAACGGACAUGCUUCCAGGUGUCGCCGUGAUGACGCCGGUCGGGCAGCGUGCGUGUGCGAGCAUCACACAGCGGGACCGGACUGUGAUGUUUGUGAGGAUUUCUACUUUGACAGACCGUGGCAUCGAGCCACACCCACYAACCCAAACCCAUGUGUUGCCUGUGAGUGUAACGGCCACUCAAACAAAUGCCGUUUCAGCAUGGAGGUGUUUCAGCAGUCAGGUCGUCGGAGUGGAGGAGUGUGUCUGAAGUGUCGCCAUCAUACGGCCGGACGCCACUGCCAGUACUGYCAGAACGGAUACACCCGCGACCACAGCAAGCUGCUCAACCACCGCAAGGCCUGCCAACCAUGUCAGUGCCAUCCUCUGGGGGCUGUGGGUCAUUGGUGCAACCAGACAUCGGGUCAGUGUCUGUGUCGAGAAGGAGUGACCGGCCUCCGGUGUAACCGCUGCUCCCCAGGAUACAAGCAGGGCAGGUCUCCUCUGAGGCCCUGCGUAAGAAUUCAGGAGGAUGCUCCAACCCCAAUGUACCAACCUCAAUACAGCAUUGCGGAGGAGUGUGUGUCGUACUGCCAGCCCUCGCAGGUUAAAGUCACGAUGAAUCUGGAGACCUACUGUCUSAAGGAUUAUGUGCUGAAGGUGCAGGUGAAAGGGAUGGAGCGUUCAGGUCCAUGGUGGCAGUUCUCCAUCUCCAUACAAACGGUUUUCCGAACGGGGUCCAACUCGCGUAUCCGCAAGGGCCCCCAGUCCCUUUGGGUGCCGGACCGGGACCUGGGCUGCGGYUGCCCGGCCCUCCACGUGGGUCGGACAUUCCUCCUGAUCGGCGCCGAGGAAGGAGAGCGGAGCUGGGGUCCGGAGGAGAGUCGCCUGGUGGCGGAUCGCUCCACUCUGGCUCUCCAGUGGCGGGAACACUGGAGCCCCAAACUCAGGGGCUUCCGGGGGCAGGACAAGAGAGGCCGCUGCCCUCCAAAGACCCCAAUUCACCACCAUCACCAUGGCAGGGGGUCCUCAAAAACCCAUUCAGGGUACAUCCCCCCUCACCUGCUGAUUGAGAAAGACUCCAGUCAUCACGAUGACGACAAACACACAACGAAGGUGGAAGAGACUCAAAAGCGAGUGACACCGCCAAAACUUACACGUAACUUUAAAUCCACAGAGACACCACCUUCUUCUUCUACUACUACUCCUAUUCUGGUGUGUUCAACUCCAGAUCCUGAAUAAGGUUUUUUUUUUCUUGGAACUACAACUAAAUGAACACAGAAAAUAUUUUAAGAUGGACUUGAAUCAGCUCUUUUUAUUUUUUUUGAGACAUUUUUAGAAAAUAUUAGAUUUUUUUUGUCUAAUUUGGAAGGAACACCAAGGACCGAACACCCCGCCAUGAAGAAUACCCCACGCCUGCUUCAGGUCUCAGCUGCUUUACAGAGAAUCAUUAUUACUGAUCUCCAGAUUAAACAGAUAAAAGAAAAAAAAC